AUCGUCUCCUCCUCUUUGUCGGAGAAAAUGCAAUCGAUCCGUAGUAGCAGUACAAGGCUGCUUCAGAGGAACCGUUUCUCCAUCUCAAACACUCUUCUUCUCCCUUUCACUUCGUCUUCUUCUCCAAGCUGGUCUGGUAAUGUAUCAUCGAGGAGUUUCGAUUCUUCCCAUUCCACCAGAGCUUUCGGUUCACCAGCGACGUAUCUCAUUAGCUCCUUGACAAAGCCUCUUUCUUCCUCCUCCUCCGCACCACUACCUAAACAUAACUGUACGUAUUCAUCGAGAUGCUUUUCCACCGUUGGAGAUUCUGUUCCUCAAGGAUUCUCUGUCUCAGCUCCUGAUUCCCCUCCUCCAAGAAUCAAGUUCAAGCGGCUUGAUAAAACCGCCAAGCAUAUCAUGCAGAUUGUAGACAAGGAGGCUGUUGAGGAAGUGAGAACUCGUAGAGAGAUACCAGAGAUAAGGCCCGGUUACAUUGUGCAGCUUAAAGUGGAAGUGCCUGAGAACAAGAGGCGUGUCUCAAUCGUGAAAGGAAUUGUGAUAGCAAGGCGUAAUGCUGGUCUUAACUCUACUUUUAGGAUUAGAAGGCUUGUUGCUGGAGUCGGUGUCGAAUCCAUGUUUCCCUUGUAUUCGCCAAACCUGAGGGAGAUUAAGGUGUUGGACAAGAAGAGAGUGAGAAGAGCCAAACUUUAUUACCUCAGGGACAAGAUGAACGCUCUCAAGAAGCAUUAGAGACCACCUGUCUAAUCAAAUCAAUCAUAAAAAGCAUUAGAGAGCACCUUUAUUAUCAAAUCAAUCAUAAAAAGAAAGCACUCUACUCUCUUCAACUAAGUGCUUAAUGAUUUUGUUUUUAGUUUGGCGAUUUGGCCUUCAGUCACAUAUUGGACUGUGUAAUGUAAUGAAUAAUGAAUGGAUCCCUUGGGAGUUUUUUUU